UCGUCUCCGUCUCUCGUCUGCAGACUGAGGACGGGGCGGAAUGGACUAUAGAAGGGUCAGGGAUUCCAUCCAGCCAAGACGAGGAUAGGAGCUCGGUCGUUCUGAGAUUAUACUGUCAAAACUUGAUCUAGAUAAUACUAGCGAAAGGACAUGCGUGGCACUGAUUGUCCCCCUAAUUUAGACCUACAGAGACGAGAGGGAUCUGAUCCCUCUGUUGCUGACAGUUUCCAGAACUCUGUUCUUCACUUGAGUUUGUGCCAAAAUGUCUACUGACAAGAUCACCUUCCUCACCAACUGGCACGCGAUCCCGUACCACGCCCCCCUAUACCUCGCACAGAUCAAGGGCUUCUUCAAGGAAGAAGGCCUCAAGGUUGCUCUCCUCGAGCCCAAUGACCCCUCCGAUGUCACCGAGAUCAUCGGCAGCGGCAAGGUCGAUAUGGGCUUCAAGGCUAUGAUUCAUACCCUUGCAGCCAAGGCCCGCAACUUCCCCGUCACCUCGAUCGGCUCUCUGCUGGACGAGCCCUUCACCGGUGUGGUGUACCUCAAGGACAGCGGUAUCACUGAGGAUUUCCGUUCCUUGAAGGGAAAGAGAAUCGGCUACGUCGGUGAAUUCGGAAAGAUCCAGAUCGACGAGCUCACCAAGUACUACGGUAUGACCGCCGACGACUACACCGCCGUCCGAUGUGGAAUGAACGUUACAAAAGCCAUCAUCCGCGGCGACAUCCACGCGGGCAUUGGCCUCGAAAACGUCCAGAUGGUCGAACUCGCGGAAUGGCUCGCAACCCAGAACCGCCCCCGCGACGACGUCCAGAUGCUCCGCAUCGACCAGCUCGCCGAGCUCGGCUGCUGCUGCUUCUGCUCCAUCCUCUACAUCGCCAACGAUGCCUUCAUCGCCGCCAACCCCGAGAAAAUCCAGAGGUUCAUGCGUGCCGUCAAGCGCGCCACUGACUACGUCCUCGCCGAGCCCUCCGCCGCAUACGAGGAAUACGUCGACAUCAAGCCGAUCAUGGGUACUCCGGUGAACCGGAAGAUUUUCGAGCGCUCGUUCGCCUACUUCAGUCGCGACCUGAAGAACGUCAGUCGGGACUGGGCCAAGGUGACCAACUACGGAAAGCGUCUCGGUAUCCUCGAUGCCGACUUCGUCUCCAACUACACGAACGAGUACCUAUCCUGGGCGCUGGAUGCGGACUCGACCGAUCCCACGGGCGACCAGAAGCGGAUGGCCGAGCUGCAGAAGCAGGUUGCUGACCAGGGCGGUUAUAAGCGCUUGGAGGUCGCUUCUUCGGCUUAACUCCACACCAACCGGCCACUGGCCAUUGGCCACUUGUUGAUGUGGUUCUGGAUCAGACCACUACAGGCCCAGACAGACAUGCUAUAUGCUAGGCAGCACUCGUUAUGACUAUGCAAUUGAUGAUAUGAUCUUUCAAACUACUUAACAUCGUCGGAAGUCUUAUACUGCGUAAACAA